AUGGCUAUCGAUGUCGACGGUGGUCUCCGACUGCCUAAUCCCCCGCCUCUCCUACACACUCGCUCCGGCAAUGAAUCCUUCGAUCGCCCCUCCACCCCCGCCGGCAGUGGCUACAUCAGUCCAACACAAACCCCUCAGGGAAGCCCUAGUAAAUCCCGGGCACCCCCUGGCGCUCUCGAUCUGCCCAAUGUAUUCGACAAGGCCUUGAAAUUGACUCCGACCUCUCCCUCCAAACCCACCCAUAACCACUUCAAUCAUCCCAUGUUUACCGAUCGCGAACGCGAACGUCCGGACGACUUCAACGAGAGUGUCAUCCACCAACGUCCUACGAGCCCGACCCGUCGCGCAAACAAGGAAAAUACCCCUCCGACCACCCGCCUACAAAAAGAAUUGGGUUCAAACCCGACCCCCGCAGCCAUCUCCCGACAUGAGCCUUAUCAGCAACAACGGGACGACACGACCAAGCGCCAGGUUCAGUUGCGCGGGCUGACCCCGGAGGAGAUGGAGAAGUUGAAUCAACCCAAGGUUAAGCGCUUGGCAAAUGUCACCCAACUAUACUUCCUUGACCACUACUUCGAUCUCCUCAGUUACGUCCACAACCCCCCCCCCACUACCCCCAACGACGAAUACGAACCCGCUCUUUUGAAAUACCUGGGCCGCGAGCGCGCACAUCUUCGCAAGCGUCGCACCCGUCUCCGCCAGGGCGAUUUCCAGAUCCUGACGCAGGUCGGCCAGGGUGGUUAUGGCCAGGUAUACUUGGCGCAGAAGAAGGACACGCGCGAGGUGUGUGCCUUGAAGGUGAUGAGCAAGAAGCUCCUAUUCAAAUUAGACGAAAUCCGACACAUUCUCACCGAGCGCGACAUUCUGACCGCGGCAAAGAGUGAAUGGCUCGUCAAGCUCUUGUACGCCUUCCAAGAUGACACCCAAAUCUACCUGGCGAUGGAGUAUGUUCCAGGUGGUGAUUUCCGCACUCUGCUCAACAACACCGGCGUUCUCCAUAACCGCCAUGCGCGCUUCUACAUCGCCGAGAUGUUCAGUUGUAUCGAUGCGCUCCACAUUUUGGGUUAUAUUCACCGUGAUCUGAAACCAGAGAACUUCCUGAUCGAUUCGACCGGUCAUGUUAAAUUGACCGAUUUCGGUCUGGCGGCUGGCAUGCUGAGUCCCGGAAAGAUUGAGUCGAUGCGCGUGAAGCUAGAAGAAGUGGGCAAUACCUCAGUCCCGUUCGGCCGACCCAUGGAACAGCGAACUAUGGCCGAGCGCCGCCAGGGGUACCGCACCCUGCGCGAGCGCGAAGUCAACUAUGCUAAGUCUAUCGUCGGUUCGCCCGAUUACAUGGCACCGGAAGUGCUCAAGGGCGAGCAAUACGAUUUUACAGUCGACUAUUGGAGUCUGGGCUGUAUGUUAUUCGAGGCGCUCGCCGGCUAUCCUCCAUUCGCAGGUGCGACCGUCGACGAAACAUGGCAAAACCUUAAGCGUUGGCAAAAGGUCCUCCGCAAGCCAGUAUACGAGGAUCCGAACUAUUUCCUCUCUCGCCGGACGUGGGAUCUUAUCACGAAAUUGGUCGCAGGCAAGGAACAACGGUUCAAGAAUAUUAACGAGAUUCACGCCCACGACUACUUCAGUGAGGUCGACUUCAAUCGGCUGCGCGAGCAGCGGGCACCAUUCGUACCAGAGUUGGACUCGGAGACGGAUGCAGGCUACUUUGACGAUUUCAGUAACGAGGCGGACAUGGCCAAGUAUAAGGAGGUCCAUGAUAAGCAGCGUGCACUCGAGGACAUGGCCGACCGUGAUGAUAAGAUGAAUAAGCAAUUAUUUGUGGGAUUUACCUUCCGUCACCGCAAACCCGCCGUCGACAGCACUGGUGGUCGCAGUUCACCACGCAAACCGAUCGCGACGGAUGGCAGCUUCGGAACUAUCUUCUAG